AUGAUAAGGCAAGUAACUGAAGAGGAGGUUAAACAAGCACUUCAAAGUAUUGAUGACAACAAGGCUCCAGGCUGUGAUGGAUACAAUGCUUUUUUCUACAAGAAAGCAUGGGAUAUAAUAGGCAAGAAGGUGACUCAAGCAGUAUUGGAAUUCUUUGACAAUCCAAAAAUGUGUAAGCAAAUCAACUGUACUACUAUAACUCUGGUCCCAAAAGAAAUAUUGCCAGAGGUGAUAGAUAGUUGUCAAACAGUCUUUGUACCAGGAAGAGUGAUCACGGAUAAUAUUAUAAUGAGCCAUGAAUUGAUUAAAGGAUAUGGAAGGAAGAAUACAUCACCGAGAUGUAUGCUCAAGAUAGAUAUGCAGAAGGCCUAUGAUUCAGUAGAAUGGGUUUAUGUGGAGCAAGUAAUGAGGCAGCUGGGAAUUCCAGGAAAAUAUAUAACUUGA